UCCAUAUCGUUGACAAAUGGACCUACAGUAGACGUCCAUUGUACAAAUUCUGUGUAUACGCGUACGUUAUUACUACUUAUGUUGGUUGUAUGUACAUACAGUGGACGUUUAAUGUACGUCUGUGGGCUACGUUGAUGGACGUGCAAAAUAAAGAUAUGCGUUAUUACACUGUUGGACACAGAUGGUCGUGUAAUUUAUAACUGUUGCGAUUUUGUGGUUACGGACAGACUAAGGCAUCUUUCGCCCACGUUUCGCUACGGCACUGCUUUUAUAUUAACCAAAAAAGUAGCACAAGAGCAGCAAACUUGUUUAUAUAUAUAAAUAAGUACGUUUGGUUGCAUUAGUCAUUAAACCUCACUGGUUCCCGCGAGUGAAAGGUAAUUUAACUUAUUGCUUUACAAAAGCCUUAUGAAUAACUUGGUAUUCAAAAUAUACAUACUUGAAGUUUCACGACAUCUAUGAUUUCGACUAAGUUACUUUUAGCAGCUGUUUUUGGCGUGUUCUUAGCGGUGCAAACUUUUGACAACUUCACAAUUUUUUCAAAUUCAAAUAUGUCCGCAAAGAAACUACUUUCGGUUGAAUUUGAAGUAUUCGGACGAGUACAAGGUGUUUUCUUUCGAAAGUUCACUCAGCAAGAAGCGAAAAAGUUGGGAUUAAAGGGAUGGUGUAUGAAUACCGAGAGCGGGACUGUUCAGGGUGUUAUGGAAGGAAAUGACGAUAAGAUAAAUGAGAUGAAGAAAUGGUUGGAGACUAUUGGUAGUCCAUUAUCAAAAAUUGAAAAAACUGAUUUCAGAAACCAAAAGGAAAUUACUGAGCUUACUUUCAGCAAUUUUUCAGUUAAACGAUAAUUAUAACUAUAAACAUUCUAUUUAUUGCCAUUGUGACGUUAUAUUUAUAUCAUGCAUUACAGUAUUUGUAGUUUA